AUGAUCAUCUCCAAAGAAAUCGCCGAGGCAAUAUGCGCUGAAUUACCCGACGCCGACUUCGACAAUUAUUUGCCCGAAGUCGCGGCGAUGAAUAUGAUAAAUAGACUUUGCGGUGCCCUGAGUCCCAAUUCUCCCCCCUCUCAACCUUCACCUCCCGGUAUGAUAGACGGAAAACGCUCUAAGAAAUACCCUCGGGAAUUCGUAUGCAACAGAGUUACCGGUAACGACGGAAGUCCCUUAUACCGAAAACGAUCAGCGGGAAGACGUCGGCAAUUUGGCAAUCGUAAGCAUGCGAACCGGUGACAUACAAGUCGGUAACCGUGGGGUUGUUUCGUAUUCGCCUUUGCUUUUAAAGGCAAACAAAGUUUACGUAAACGUGGAAAACUGCAAUUCCGGGAAAUGAAUUUGGUACAUUCGUAAGUACGUAAGCAAAGUCCUCGACAUGGCUGUUUUUGGCCUGCAACACGAAAGGAGGUAAAGGGAUAUGGACAUAGAAUUCAGUGACAUCGCACAGUAUUGGACUGGAAGAUGCGUCAACAGUCACAAAGUCGUGUGGCUGACUCUUUCUUUUCCCAUCCAUGAGCACGUCCAGGUGUUGUUCACUUGCAGUACACUUAGUGAAUGGGCAAUGCAUUUACUUUACCGAUGCAAAUGUGCAAAAGGUCACCGGCAACACACAUUAACUGUGUUCUUCCCGUUAAAUCGAACUGACGCGUUUGCAAAAACACUGCCGUAUUCGAAAGUGUCUACGUAUUACACAGGGAAUGCGUGCAGAAAACCUCUUGUACGACGCAAGCGAGAGCGAGUCGACGGACACCUUGGCAUAUUCAAAAUAACUGCGAUAGGCAGCCAGCACAGCAUGCAUCCAAAUCACGACCAGUGCUUCUUACUCUGCAGGGUUUUGGUGAAUGUUGUUGGUUAAACGUCUUUCCAGCAAUUGAAAUCUGUCAACGGCCUUCUGCAUGUCACUUUCCGCAGUGCAUGCCAGACUCUCAAUUUAUUGGAAAACUACCGAUACUGGGAUGGAUGCAUUAGUGUUGCAUGCAACACGUCCCAUCCACAUGGAAUUCGUUCAUUGUUUACAAUCAUAAUGACCGCCUGCUCUACUUCAUCUCCAACAGUUUUGUGGGAGAAAUCGCACAUGGCUGAGGAUAUCUUCCGUCGACUACGCAAGGAAAAUUCCAAAUGCGGAUUUCACAGCAGGAAUCUACAGCGAGGCGUUAAUAGUGAUUGGGAAUAUAUACGUAAGAAAUCGCGAAAAAAGUUCCCUGUCAACCCGGAAUGUCCUCAUCCAACCGGUUUUUUGUUGUUUUGUUAGAUCUGGAUUUGCGCCGUGAGCAAAAAAAGCGCUCGAGGCCCUCGAUCGAACGCUGCAAGAUUUGCGCGGAAACAGCAGACCAUUUGGAGACACUACUGCUACUGCUUUCAGGAGACUUCAGGCAAACAGUGCCUGUAAUUCCUCCAUCAGCAACAGCGGACAAAAUAAAUGCCUGCCUGAAAUACGCUUCUUUUUGGCGCCAAAUGCAGACGGUAAAAUUAACCGCAAAUAUGCGUGUCCAGCUGGAAAACUACCGAUCAGCUGAGGUAUUCUCACAGUAAUUGCUGGCGAUUGGGAAUGCAACGAUGCCCGCUGAUCCGACUUCGGGAAGGAUUUCCCUACGUCUUUGCUUCGGCAAUUUAGUGUCCUCAAAAGAGGAAUUGGUUGAAAAGGUGUUUCCCACUAUUAAGACCACUUUCACCAAUCAGGACUGAUUGAUUGAACGAGCUAUUCUUGCGGCCAAAAACAAACACGUCUACCACCUUAACCAUAUUAUUCAGUCUAAGAUUUAACACGAGGCAGUCACAUACAUGUCCGUCGACACCGUUGUGGAAGCGGACGAGGCUGGUUAAUUAUCCAACAGAAAUUUUAAAUUCACCUGAGCCACAUCAACUCGUGGCCGGGCCCGGCUAGUGAUACUAUGGAAACCUUCAACAAGAUACGGAAUACGCGCAUGGAUGCCCCGGAAAAAGAAAGACGGUGACUUCAUUAAUCAGAUACAACGACGGCUAACAAAAAUGGUGGACGGUCGUAUGACUCCCAUAUCUAGAAAGACCGAUCAAGGGAAUUUGUCAUCUCUAUCCUAUAUAAAAAAGACGUGCAACCGGCUCGGUCAUUUUGCAUUAUCUGCGGACAUGGCUGUUCGCCCAAACCAGGACACUCCCUCAAGUUUACAGCCAUUACUCACUGUGCCGUCAUCCGCACAAGAUAAAACGCGAAUAGGCGCGCCCAAACCAAAGGAAGUUUUCUUUCAUCAGUGGGUAGUUCGACCGUGCAGCUCACUCACAAGUGAAAUAGUGAUUUCCGAUACUAUUAAUGUGCGCAAAAGGCAGAUGGAUUGUUUGAUUUUUGACAAAUGACGCCUCUCACUGCGGGUAAGUCAUGAACGUUACCUCCUGAUUUCACUCCAUGUAUAACGCAUCACUACACUUUCGAUGCAGUGUUUCCAUGCUGACUAUGCGUAGUCGUAUCACUAACCUCUACAGUGAAUGAGCAUGGCCGUCAAGAGUUUCGCUCGUAGCCAUCAAACAUAUGCAUAUGAGCACAAAGACGGCGAAUUCACUGCUUAUCAUCUUUUCACACCAUUCCUGACUAUGAAAAGACAACGGGAAACUAAAUCAAAAUAAAAAUAUUGUCUCCGUGUCAAGGAAUUCCGCUGCCUAAUGAGCCACGGAGAAGUGCCUUUGUACAUAGAAUUGGUGGCAGACACCGUUUAUCACAGUCCGUGUUGUAACUUUGCUGGACUCCAGUUGGCUGCAGCUAAACACAGGGUUAUUUGACGUGCACAUUCCGUGAGGAAUAAGACUCAUACAUGCGCAAAUGAGAGUUAGGUUUGUGCCCUCUACCCAUGACUAUAAGAUUUGGGGUAUACGGCGUGUGAAUAUAAGCCGCGUCACAUGGUGGGCCAUGCCAAGCUUCUAUUAAAAUUCGAAUUCUAACCGCUACCAAGCUAUGUUUUCGAGGAAUAUGCGCAGAUAAAUUAAAAGUCCUAUCCAUUUGAACUUUUUCCAAAACACGCUUUCGGUUCUAUGGUUAAUCUUGUUUCAGCUGCUUUGAUUUUGUUUCCCGUAUGUUUGCCUUUGGUCUCCUAGCUUCUUCUUGGUAUUUGAGUUCAUAGUGCGAUUUAAACGCUUGUCUUACCAUGUCGUUUCAUUGCCAGUGCACUUUGGUGCAUUUACAUCAUAAAAUUCGCGUUAUUGCCUUGAAGUUUACAACAGUUACCUUUCUCACUUUAGUCAAAUACGUCUUAGACCUUUCUUUGGGUCACGACUUGCGUACACUUGUCAGAGAAUUCGUGAUUUAUUAGGGCGACCGAAUAAAAGUCGCUAUCUUAUAAAUAUCAGGUAGAGUUUGACAAUCUUGAGACCGCAAAUUUCCGGGUUUCGGUGCGCAGUUUGAACUUCUCAUCAUUCCCGGCCGGACCUUCGUGUUGUAUACGCUAUCGCUUAGGUACUGUGUCACCUCUAUGUGUUUUCCCUUCCACAGUUAUGUUAUGUUAAAAUUCGUUUUUGUAAUUUACCUUCAUUAGCAUUUUCUGUCGCGGGAGCUCUGGUGAAUCAGGAUACCCUGUAGCAAUAGUAUAUGGCCUCGAUAUCGGGUAGAUAGCAUAUUUUCGAUAUAUGUAUAUCGAGUGGAUAGCGUUUUUGUCCGGCGGUCUUAUAUGAAGUAGAUAUCGAAUUUUCGAUACACUCGAAAAACGGCGGUAGCAGCACGCAUAGAAAUUUACGCAACCCGGGUUGCGUACUUCCGUGGGAAAAGGGCCCUUUUCCCACGGAAGUACUACUGUUUUAUGCUAAAUCGACCUAUAUUGCUUCUGUAGCCCCUUCCCGUCCUCCCCAACUAUCUACCGUAGUCUCAAUUUGGAUAACAAACGUAUAAAAUAGCUGAAAGUACCCACAACACUUUGAAGUCGUAUGAGUCGGCAGGUGUAUAUAAAAAAACAAAGAAAUAGACAUUUAUAUUAAUAUUUACAUUGUCGUUGGUCCAUAUCGGGUCUGUUCAUUGUGGAAGUGGACGUGGUCCCUGUUGAAGAUCCCAGUAUUGGAUUUACAUUUAAGAGUAGUGUAUACUUGAUAAAGAAGGAACACUUACCGCCCGCUUGAUUCAGGUUGUUAGCCUUUUGCACUUUUUUUGACAUUGUCCAGUGACCGUUUAAUUCGUUUUGUAAUGGACGACUCCAACUCGACAAGCGUCUCUUUGUCGUCCCCAUUCCAACUCCCGAAGACGUUUGUGGAUAGAGCAGUGAUCACUAAUUAUCGAGAACGUACCCUUGAUGACCUCGUACGUCGCCGAAUCGAAAAGACCCUCCCUCAUCUUUCGUCCUUUGGAGUUUAUGUGGAGAUUGAUAUCAACCACGAAUAGGGCAUAGAAAACUCUUUUUUGGAGUCAUCGAGGGAACGGCCACCUAGGCAGGUCAGAUAGGACCGCCUUUCCCAAUUCACUGCGAACUUCACUGUCCGCAAGUCCGGCGUUUAGUACGCAGAAAUCCGCAGCCGUUCUUCAAGAACGGCCUACGGGAUUUACGGGAAGCCGAGUAGUAAUGAAGGCCUUAGCAGGGGAGUCACAGAUUACUGCUUCGACCACACAGCGUGCUGCUUGUCUUUCGUCCUUGAUGAGCAGUCCCUUUUCCUGUAGACAUCGUAUCUCCUUAACGAAUGAAGUACAGAAAGCGUGGACGUUAGACGGUUUCCCAUCGCCGCAAUAUAUGCCUACUGGAAAGAGGUUACUGGCGAACAGCCGCACUAUUCUUCCCAAUAUUUCGUCGCCAUAUCGCGUAAUUCGACGUCUUCUUGUUCUCUUGGACUCCUCCCUAAACAUAAUGACAAUAGGGCAAAGAAAAUAAGCAGAUAGAUGGCAAUAACAAAAAAGAACCAGAAGGGUGCAACAUAGCCACGCGCUCCACGCUGUCGGCGUCGAACAUUCCCGCUAUGACAAUUAUAACCAUAUAUUGUCCUUAUUCCCCCGAAUUAAUCUGACCUAAAUCUUUUAUAAAAAUGUAGGAACCAUGCCUGUAGAAGAUCGUAGGUUGAGUGGUGUUUGGCGAUUACGAAGGUUUUAUUAACGUAUAGACGAAAAAAGUCCACAUCAGGACGACCUCUACCCUCGGCGCUCGCAAUGCAAUUCCGGGGUAACGUUGCAUUAGCAGGUGACUAACCAUGUACUAGUAGCUCUAAUUAUUGCUGUGUGUGAUUGAUUAUCUGACUGGCGGAGGCGACACAAUCCGCGCGAGCAAUGCGUUCGUCGAAGGGGGAGCUUCAGGUACUCCGCACUUUACUUCGUCCGAUAAGUCUCUUUAUCAAACCAUGGGACUGUCAGAUCUGCUGUCGCAGAUCGUCGCACGUGAAAAGGUAUAGUCCGCGGCACAAUCGAGGCCAGCUAGAUCAGGCACGAUCUCAACCGCACCAUGUACAAGUACAUGGGGCUCCUGCUCAGCUUACUAGCACAUUCGUUCGAACUCGACGCGCAGCGCAAAAUCGAUGCGAUACGUGUGUUAUUUAGCCCCUUAUUGUCACGUGCGAACGGGCUGCUGGGCAGAUUGAACCCAACAGGCACCAGCAAGAGUUAGCCAGUCACAGAACUGGCCGCGGACCAGCACUAAUGUCAGUAGGAUUUAACAAUGUACGAGUGCAUUGUUAUCAGGGUUCUUGUAGUUAGGUCGGUUUUUUCGUAGCCACGGGAAUCUUCAACCAUUCGCAAACCCUGCUCGAGUAUGUGACGAUCGUUCUUUGCCAAAAUCUGAGAAGUCAUCUUGUUUUCUCUCUCUUCGGGUUUUAUCAGUGUCUUCAUAUCUUUGAUGUCAUCUGGAUAGUGUUCCACGCUGACUCCGGAGGACUAGACGUAGAAGCCAGUUCAUUUCAAAUGAGAUCACAGUUUCACCAAAUUCACCUUGUUUGACCCAUAUUUUGAAAUAGGGAUGUAAGGCUAAAUUGACUGUCCUUCCGUAAGCCAUUUCCUCAACUUAUUUGUUUGACUUACUGCCUCAGGUUCUGAUUCAGCCUGAAAGCUCAUAAAAUAUAAACUACCCUUUUCGAUGCUCGGGUCCAUCUCAUAAUUGUAGAUCUUGUAAUCAUCCAUUGUGCCAGCAUCUGUGUAGUUAAUACCAAACACCUGAGAGUAAAUAGGGAAUGUGCAACCCGAACCAGAAGUGAGCCAGUUAUUGCUGUGUGACCGAGCACCGGUUUGUCGAAUUGUCUGAUUACACCAGACUAGUGUGGUCUCAUGACAUGCCGGAUGUUGGACCUCAUCCAAUGAGGCUCGUCCCCUUGUUUUAAGAUUCGGGGCUCCACCUCCGAACCCGGUGGCACCGGGGCCGCACCUGCACUUUAUCUCCGCAACCCGUGCCGUAUACACCAGGAUCUGCUAAAACAGCGUUUAUACUAUUCAUAGAUGUUUUGGCAGAUUUUGAAUAAUUCAUAUGGAUCCAAUUGUGAAAAACGGCGCCUCAGUGGGACUUUUACUCACACAGUCAGGAGUUUAUGCUAUUCAAAAUAACCAUAAUAUCACGUUUGGUGUAUUUUAGUCGUUGCGAUGACGUUAAUUUAGCAUAAUCACAGUGCACCUAUGCGGAUUUUAAGAUUGGGAGUUUUCAAAGGGUUGUAAUGGUCACAUCCACCGAAACGGUAUUGUUAACCUGUAAUAAUGGUAGAAAAACGUCAAAACAACCGGGAAUGGAGUCAGGCGCAGUCUAAAAGACCCGUCUGCGAUUAUUACACGCGUCCUAUUCCACACAUAAUGUACCAGGCUUUCGUAAGGGGGUUCGGGUCUCACUUUCGUGAGAGUCGUAGAGGCCACAAUUGUAGUCUGGCUCUGUCCUGAGAGGGAACGAGUAUUCCCGUCAAUUGACAAACUUCCAAACCGCGAUUCUUGGUGUGUCGUUACAUUCGAGCGUAGCAGCCUUUGUAUAAUGAUGAAUGCGCUGAUAUGCCGAGGUGCUGGAUUCCUCAUCGCCGGUCUCUCUCUUUUCCCUCUCCCAUGCACCAGUCAACUGUCCGACCCUGAUAAUAAAUGGGAAAUGAGACUGGACGCAAAAUUUUACGUCUAAGACGCGCCUCGCACGCUUGCGUGACUGUAAGCCUGAACUCAUGUAGUCCGAUAAACUCGUAUUCUGAGCUAGUAUGACCCACGCUCUGGGCCAGCGUAGGCUGUUGUGGGAACCAAGCGCCUACCGAUAAGAAUGUAGUCAGUGGGUUCAGCAGCUCCUUAUCAUUAGAAAACAAAACUAACAGGUGCAUUUUCGAGUGUCUUAUUAUCCGACUCAAAUAACCGGACAGACGAGUGAUGUGCAUAUCAUUAUUAGAAGGGGUGCGUGUUGUGCGUGUGGGUCACUAGGAGUAGACUCGUCGCUGCAUGCAACAUGGAUUUUCACUGUGUCUUAGCUUACUAGUUACCAUGCUUAGCAGCAGCCAAUGAUUGACAUCCUGACAUGUCGACUGUCGCAGAUUAUUCCGGAGUAUCAUGUUACUGGUGGGGUCUACUGUCCCUCGCAGUUUACUUUUUCAGACCAUGCGUUAACUGUGGCAGUCAACAGUCACAGUAUUGUAACAGCUAUCUUUAUGACCUUUUUAUAGGUAACUGAUUUGCCUGAUCGGUGCUCAACGACACCUGACGUUAGUGCCACUGCAUGGUCCACAGCAUCAUAAUCUUUUUGAUCCGAAGGUCUGCCUAUAUUUCACCAGUCUUCAUUAAAGGUCGCUUCGUUGCCCGCUACCUGUGUGCUUGGCGGGUAGCCCAGAGGCCGUAUUUUAGGGCUCCUGUUGCCCCACGUCAUGAAUGAUCGUCUUCUAUUGCAGCCGGUCAAAGGCCUAUUACCGUGCAAAGUUGAUCUACUUCGCGUUCUGGCCCUGCAUACUGAAGUCUACAGGGCGGAAAUGCACUCAAUGCCAGCUUUCAUCGGGUUCACUCGUAUCGCCGGUCAGCCACUUUGACACUGUGUCUGGCCAUGACCUGGUGUAGACGAAUUACCUCAUUUGGAGAAAAGGGCACGAGUGUUUGUAUUCCAAACACAUUAUGAUACCAUUAUCUGUAGGCAUAAUGAGAUGGAUAGGUCCGCAUAAUCGACCGAACGACCGACUAGGAAAAGGCACCCCUCGGGAUUGAUGGUUGUCAACUUGAAGAAGUAGGCAGUUUUAAAUACCUUGGGGCGAGGCCACUGCCUAAUGGACGGAGUAAGGACGACAUUGUCUCCCGAAUCGAUGCUGCCCGCUGGGUUUUCUCAAGCCUUCGGAAAUGCCUAUGGAACCGACGUGACCUCUCCAUCGGCACCAAGAUUCGCGUGUACUGUGCAUCUGUCCGACCUGUCCUUCUCUACGGUUGUGAAUGCUGGGCUUUGCGCGUGGAGGAUGAGCGAAAACUGGAGGUAUUUGACCACCACUGCUCUAGGACCAUCCUUCACAUGAAGCACACCGACUUCGUCUCAAAUGAGACAGCCCCCACCCGCUGCAACAUCGCAAGGAUAACUCAGACCGUCCAAGAAAGACAACUGAGGUGGUUCGGGCAUGUUCUUCGUCGUCCACCUCAGGAGCUCAGUGUUACUGCCCUAGAUCCGGCACCGUUGCCCCAUUGGAGGCGUCGAAGAGGGGGUCAGUUCAAAACCUGGCUCGACACAGUUCAUCAAGACAUGAAGGUGGUUCUUGGACCUUCGGUAUUCGGUCUCCGUCGCUGGCGAAGGGAAUGGGUUCGGCUGUGCAGAUCUGCUGCCGCGGAUCGUCACGCGUGGAGGGGUACAGUUCGUGACAUCAUCGAGGCCGGCUAGAUCAUGCAUGAUCGCAGCCGUAUCAAGUACAAGUAUACUUUUGAGUGCAUGGCCCUUGUCCCACGCCAUUAUUCUAACAAAGUUACGUGCUCUCUUCUGAAUGAUAGCUGGCUGAUUCCAAUAGUGUCGGCAUGGCUAAAGGUCGUGCAUUCCCGUUGGUCGAUCUAUUAUUUAUCCUUCCCAUUUGACAGAAAGUAUCAACGAGGCAGCAAAAGCUGUCCACUACUCAAAUAAUUUCACAGAAGCGAUCUGCAUUCGAUCCCUCCCAUCCUCUCGCUCCCCUUGAGAACGGGUGCUGCCUACCGAUUAUUGUGCUUUCGUAUUGUUAGAUUUCAAACCAACCCCUUAAGUUUCAGCAAUUAUGUCAUUUUUUAAAAUGGACACUAUAACAACUACUUCUCGCUCAUAGCCGUUUUCAACCGACAAUACCCCCUAGGGAUUGGGGUCGUGUCCACUGCGUUACCGCACGUGACAAAUUCGACACAAUCGGCCGAGUUCGAGUAUAGGCGACCACCUGGCAAUAACUUUAGUCCGUCGGUCCUGAUUCCAAGGCGAAAAUACACAUUUUGUCUCAUUGUUAAGUUCUCCAUCUAGGGCUCAUCGCAACUGUCACCUAGUGACAAGUAGUCAUCGGUUAACAUCUCUGUCAUGGACGGCAUGAAAAGGCUUCCCUGAAUUGACCCUGAAUGGUUGUGCUAGAUGAUGUUUUUUAGACCCGAAUAUGAUCCUAAGUUGACUCUUAGUAAUUUUGCAUCAGGGCAUUGCGCCUACCAAUCAUGUCAUCACUCCCCAAUCUCUGAGCGCAUUACGUCAAACUCUGCGAAAUAGCUGCCUAAGUGGACAACGGUUAACUACACUGGAAAAUUGGACGAACUCCGAAGUACGUAAGGUGAAACCAGAGAAGUGGCUUUGAUUUGCCACUUUUUGAUAUUUGAAGAAAACAGCAAAGUGUUCUUGGUGUCUGUAACUGUGCGGAAAGUUGGUUGGACCGCCAGAAGAACCGAAGUAAGGAAUAAAGAGGAUUUGGGUACAAAAAAGAGGUCAAUCUCAAAGGUCUCCUGACUGUUUCACCGACCCCUUGCCUCCUUUUUUUAGAACAGCACCAGCUGUGCUUCCCAUGCGAUCACCGAAAUACUACUCCCUGGUGCCCAAGCUUCUGUCCACAGGUGUUCUCUCCGAAAUGGGCCCGAGUGAAGGUACAUUCUAAUGCGAAUUCUCAGUUUGCUCUUGCAGUGUCGGAUGAGCUGCUGCUCAAGUAAAUCGUCUUCGGGAAUUUCACUUUUAUCGCAUGCAGACUUUACGGCGCGUUUGGCCAUAUUUUAUUUAUGGCUCUAAAUUACGUGGAACAAAAAGCGGUCAUUAAGGAGGUAUCAGAAACAGGGAGGUCGAUCUACAAGGUAGGUAACCUCCUCUCUACUGCGACUUUUGCCUUUUCUGAAAGGUUUCUGGAAAGUCUUCACUGCACACUUACCUGUGUAGUUGGCCGGCCCUUUUCUGCUCCUGUCUCCGCGAUGUUGAUCAGCCCGCAUCCGAUACUGAGGAGUUUUGGGUUUGAGACACCGUUUUCUCUUAUUCACCUCACCUAGUGCGCACACCUUUUAGCUGUGUCUCUUUCGGAUCGCUUGGGAAUCACUCAGGUCAAGUCCGUCUCAGAUGAUAUCGUCUCGCGUUCUAUUGAGAUCCUGUUUCAAUUCUCUUAG